CCACUAACCUUCUUAAUGUCGUUCAAAAUCCAAACUGGUUGGGGUUCCUUUGAUCUCCAUACUCUCACAUGGCUUAUCCACGACACCACAUAACAUCAAAGAACUGUGACGGCCUGAAGGCAAUUCACCACAUCGGCGGACGUUACUUCUUGUCUGUAACAUCCGGGACGUUGACCACAAACAAUGGUCCCAUGCGUGUGACACCUCUGGCGGUAUUCCAUUUACCCUGCAACGUAUCCUUCGAGAGCGCUACGUCCGGUAUCGGCGAAUGCCCACAGCGUAUGGAAAUCGAGUUACCGAUCUUUGGAGAGACACAUCUCCAAUAUACCUCUUGGAAGUCGGUUAUGGACGAUAAACAAUUAGACCUUCACUUCCGUACGCUUAUCAUUCCGCCGGUCACCGUCAUGAACCACUCCAUUCUUCGUGGGCUAGACGAGACGUACCGCGUGCUCGAUCGACAAUUCACGGCACAGAUUGACAAAAUCCACGGCGACAUUGAGGCCAUCAGCGAGGUUGAGGUCAACACAAUCAACGAAAUUCUACUAUACGCUUCAGUAGUUGUCUCACUGUUGAACUUCUUCCUUCUUAUGGCAUACGCUUGUUAUCAUCAUGGUGUUUUCGAGCGCCUCAAGCAUCAGCGCCGCACGCCCCUACCCCCCCCCCCCCCUACGCUCAUCACCUCCACACGAACCCCACUUUGAGUUGGUACCGCCACCCAAGAAACCACGCUGCGAGUCACAGGAGGACGACGAGGAGGAGCAUGACCUCGAGCGACCGUCCGUCGUUGACGACACAGAGCUAGUAUUUCCAACGGAACCUCUCAGAGCAACUUACGCUUAACCAGCCACUAAAACACCUCCACCCGGAUGAACUGAGUUCAUGCGGCGAGAUCGCAUGAAUUCCGACUAGGAAAAAGGACACUCUCUCGCUCUGUUAUUUACGGCCUCCAAUUCAACUAAGCCAAAAAGGACUACUUUCUAUUUACUUAUUACUUUCUGUUGCUCGGAUACGAGAUUCGUAAGCGACAAUAUUCGUUUACCUUUCAACUUGGUAAAUAUUUCAUGUUAUAAAAAGUGUUUUCAAUCACA